GGGGAUAUUACAAGGGACCCAGCCUGCAGACACAGGCACAAAGUCACAGGGUAAUGAACUUCGGGGACCCUUUACCGCUGGGUGCGCGGUUCUCCCCGGAAACCGGGACCUCGCCGCCUCCUCCCUCAGAACACUUUCCGGCCAUCUAGUUGUCCCACUCCGAACUCCGCUCAGGGCAGCACGGAGCCCUUGGGCCUCAGAGACUGUGGUCGUGCAGCUUCCUUCUUUCCUUACGAGACCGGCGGUCUGCGGAGAUCUGCAUGGCUCUGGAAGGGAGAGAUUGAAGACAGACACAGGAAUGGGGAGAGCGAGAGAUUUUGACCCUUGCGCUCCGUAGGAAGAUCAUUUUUGUGUCUCCAUCUCUGUCCUUCAAUUCCCCUCUCGUGCCGUCCUUUUCCCUUCUCCCUCAGUCGGCCAGUCGGUCUCUCCAUCUGUCUGUCCAUGCGUGUGUCCAUAUCAACAUUCCCAGCAGCUGUAGUUUUGCAAGAGCGGGGAAGAAACUCAAGGAUGCUUACAUUUCCACUGUGGAACGAAUUCUGAGCGCCGGGGAAACAGCGCAGCGCGCGAGCUACAUCCACCUGUCCGGCCCUGGAACCUCACAGGCUGGAGGGUGGCUGGAGAGUGGCGGCGCCGGCCGGCGAGGCGGGCGCUGCGGGUCGGGACGCAGGCGGCGCCCACCAACCGCUCCGCCCCGGGACCGCCAGCAUGAGCAAGCCGGCAGGAUCAACAAGCCGCAUUUUAGACAUCCCCUGUAAAGUGUGCGGUGACCGCAGCUCGGGGAAACACUACGGGGUCUACGCCUGCGACGGCUGUUCCGGGUUUUUCAAACGGAGUAUCCGAAGGAAUCGGACCUAUGUCUGCAAAUCUGGAAACCAGGGAGGCUGUCCUGUGGAUAAGACGCACAGAAACCAGUGCAGGGCGUGUCGGCUGAAGAAGUGUUUGGAGGUCAACAUGAACAAAGAUGCGGUGCAGCACGAGCGCGGGCCUCGGACGUCCACCAUCCGCAAGCAAGUGGCCCUCUACUUCCGCGGGCACAAGGAGGAGAAUGGCGCAGCCCCGCACUUCCCCCCGGCCGCACUGCCCGCACCAGCCUUCUUCACUGCGGUCACACAGCUGGAGCCGCACAGCCUGGAGCUGGCUGCCGUGUCCACCACCACCCCUGAGCGGCAGACCCUUGUGAGCCUGGCUCAGCCCACGCCCAAGUACCCUCAUGAAGUGAAUGGGACUCCCAUGUAUCUCUAUGAGGUGGCCACGGAGUCUGUGUGUGAAUCAGCUGCCAGGCUUCUCUUUAUGAGCAUCAAGUGGGCCAAGAGUGUGCCAGCUUUCUCCACGCUGUCUUUGCAAGAUCAGCUGAUGCUUUUGGAAGAUGCUUGGAGAGAACUGUUUGUUCUAGGAAUAGCACAAUGGGCCAUUCCGGUUGAUGCUAACACUCUACUGGCUGUAUCUGGCAUGAAUGGUGACAACACAGAUUCCCAGAAGCUGAACAAGAUCAUAUCUGAAAUACAGGCUUUACAAGAGGUGGUGGCUCGAUUUAGACAACUCCGCUUAGAUGCUACAGAAUUUGCCUGUCUCAAAUGUAUUGUCACUUUCAAAGCUGUUCCUACACAUAGUGGUUCUGAGCUGAGAAGUUUCCGGAAUGCCGCUGCCAUCGCAGCUCUUCAAGAUGAGGCUCAGCUAACUCUCAACAGCUACAUCCAUACCAGAUAUCCCACUCAACCCUGUCGCUUUGGAAAACUCCUGUUGCUUCUGCCAGCUUUACGUUCCAUUAGUCCAUCAACCAUAGAAGAAGUGUUUUUCAAAAAAACCAUCGGCAAUGUGCCCAUUACAAGACUGCUUUCAGAUAUGUACAAAUCCAGUGAUAUCUAAGUUCUAAAAGUACCCACUUUUCAGAAUGAGACAGUAUCAGAUGAAGCCAUGAAGAACAGGCCUCAACUAACAAACCCUUCAGGAAGCAGAAGCCUGGGAAUGUGUUGCCUUUAGGGGGAAAAAAUGCCAGUCAACACAAAACAAGUCCAGUAGCUCUGUUCUGCCUCCACCAGUGUAGGGCAGCCCAGAAGGAAAGGGAUUGGAAGGGGACGGCCUGAGCAGAGACCUCAUGGCUGCCAUGCCCUGGGCGUGGAGUGCAGUCAGAGUUGCCACAGUCUGUGUCAUUCUGCCUCUUACCUGGAAGACUGGCUGAACUACCAAAAGCUGAAAAACAAGUAGUACUUUCUUUUCCUUCCUGGCUUGUAAAGUUGGGGAAUCAAACAUUGUUCUGUGUAUAACAUCAUGCAGCAGCCUUCAGAAAGAUCUUAUGUUGGAGCAUUUAUUUUUAAAAUAAUGGUUAGGUUUUAAAUAAUUUUAUCAAAAGCUUUCCUUCUAUUGUAAUACAUCAUGAAGUGGCCUUCAGAACUGAGUUAAUAAGUGAAAAGUAGCUUAUGCCAUAUGAUUUGCUUUUUCCCUGUCUUUUUUUUUUUUCUUCUUUUUUCUUCCCUUCAUUCUUUCUUCUUCUUUUUAAUACCAUAGGCCAGGCAACCUUUUCAAAGGAAUUGGUGGAUGAAAAUGACAUUCUCACCAGGACUUCAAGUUGGAUAACAUUUCAAAAAUAGAAGAGCUUUACUAAAAGAACACAGUCGAGGGAGGGUGAAUAAAAACAGCAAAACCAAAUAGAGUGGAGAUGAGUGGUUGAGUGAGACAGAUUGCUGUCCUAUUAACAUAGUGCUGAAACCAAAGGCAAUGGAGGUCCCAACUCAUUCUUUGACGAGUCACAUCAGAUAGUGAAUGAACAUAGACAUAAUGCCAGACGGGACUUCAAGGAGAUGAACGCUAAAAGGUUUCUUUAUUGGUCUAUUGCUAACAGUCUGAGACUCUUCAAUGCCUUUCAGAAAACCCUGGUUUCUAGUAAAGCCUUGGUCACGUGCACACACACACACACACACACACACACACUGUCCCACACUAUAAGCUGCUCCUUUGGUAUGAAUCUAUACUUAUGGAAAUGUAGACACAAGCAUUUAAAAAUAGCUGCUGUACUUUUCACAUUUUGAUUUAUUAGGUACUAGCACUGAGAAAAAAAAUCAGCACUUGGACUAUCAUAGGAUGAAUAAAACUUUUCUUGUACAAAGUGAAUUAACUGAUUUGUGAAGUUAAAAAGUUGUACUCAUUGUAUUUACAAAGAAUAAAAAUAUAUUGAAUUUAAAUGA